GCUCAACCUAGAGUACAAGCGUACAAGCACGGUAUAGUAUACACACACAAGUUAUACUGUAUAUAGUUCAAAACAGCAAGAUAUGAAAUAAGUUAUUGGAAGUAAUCUUCGUCGAUUCACAAACAUGGAAUCUGAAGUUGUCGUUUGGAUUUUGUUACUUGGAGUUUUUAACUUUUCGUUGGCGAUAGAUCAGGCGGAACAGCACAUGAAAGUAUGUUCCGGUACAAAUGAAGGAAUGUCCACUUCUGGAUCUGAGUCGUUUCGUUACAACAAUCUCAAAAAUCAUUACCAAAACUGUACAUAUGUUGACGGGAAUUUGGAAAUCCAGGAACUCGGAUCAAACCGGGAUUUAAGUUUCCUGGAAACUAUUGUUGAAGUGCGUGGAUAUGUACUUAUAUAUGCAGUAUUUACGCGGACACUACCGCUCAAACGACUUCGAAUAGUUCGAGGAAGUGAACUGUUCAAGUACAACAAGGGGAAUUACAGUUUGUUUGUUGUGUUAAAUAGUCUCUCGAACUCGUCCUCCAUUGGUAUGUUUGAACUUGGAUUACGUUCACUCCAAGAAAUCAGCAAUGGGCAGGUGUUUUUUUUUAAUAACGAACUGUUGUGUUUCCACAAAACAAUACAUUGGGCAGAUAUUAACCCUGACGUCAACCCACAUGUCAAGUAUGUGUUUGAUGCUGCGUACAAACGAACAUGUCCAGAAUGUCAUCCAUCCUGCUACAAUAACCGGACUGGAGAGCGCCACUGCUGGGGUGAAGGUCGAGACAUGUGCCAACAAUUAAACCAUGCAACUGUGUGUUCGCCAAGUUGCGAUGGGCGUUGCUUUGGUUACCAACAAAACCAGUGUUGCCACCCUGAAUGUGCCGCAGGAUGCUCAGGGCCACGGAAAACGGACUGUAUGGCUUGUAAACACUUCAUGAACGAUGGAGAAUGUGUCGAGAAUUGUCCCCUUGUGAUGGACUACAACAUCUUUACACUUAAGGCCGAGAUUAAUCCUAAAGGCAAAUACAAAUAUGGCUCUCUGUGUGUUGCCAAAUGCCCUGACCACUUUCUACGAGACAAAUAUCUCUCUGCAUGUGUGAAGGCUUGUGCUGGAAACAAACAUGCCGUUAAUGGAGAAUGCAUCCCAUGUGAUGGACCCUGUCCGAAAAAAUGUAAAGGAUUAAACAAAACAGAAUUCCUGACAUCAGAAAACAUCAAACGGCUGAGCAACUGUACACUUAUAGAGGGCAAUCUUAAAAUUGUGGAGACCACUUUUACUGGAGAUACGUACAGGAAUAUUUCCGGGUUGGAGCCUAAGGACCUGUAUGUACUGAACACUGUGAGGGAAAUUACAGGAUUUGUUGUCAUCCAAUCAAAUCAUUCCGGCUUUAAGAACGUGUCUUUCCUAUCGAACCUGGAGAUUAUUCGAGGCCGAGAACUUGACUCGAGAAGUAAUGCCCUCAACAUCAUGGCCACACCACUGGAAUCCCUGGAACUUACCUCCCUUAGAUUGAUAUCGUAUGGAAACGUCCUAAUAUGGUUCAACCUACAGUUAUGUUACGUCAACACCGUGAAUUUCACAAAGUUGUUUAUUCUCGACUCUCAGGUUGCCUACGUAGCCAGAAAUCGGGACAUCAGCCAGUGUGAAAUUGAAGGCCAAGUGUGUGACCCUGAAUGUUCCAUAGAUGGCUGCUGGGGCAAGGGUCCAAAUAAAUGUCUGCACUGUCGACACAUGAAGGUCAACGACAGCUCAAACCUUUGUCUAAGUUCCUGUAGUGAUAAACCACUUCUGUACCAAGUAUCGGCUACUCUAUGUAAGCCCUGUCACACAGAAUGUGCUACAACCUGUAGUGGUCCGAAACCAAGCCAAUGUGACGCUUGUAAGCAUGUGAUUGUCAUGGACAACAACAGUAGUGCACAGGUCUGUCACAAAGAAUGUCCAGAUAUGUUUUACGCUGACGAGAACAAGAUCUGUCAGCCCUGUUAUGAUCAUUGCGGAGGCGGAUGUACCGGCCCCUCAAGAGAGUUGAUGUUUGGCGGCUGCAACGCCUGUAACAUUGCAGAGGAAUUGAAGAAUGAUUUGGGUGAAAUACAUCUGUUUUGUUUACCGGAUGACGGGUCAGAUUGCCAUCACGAUUUCUACAAAACAACAGUGGCUGCAAAAGAUCCCGGCCCAAUGGCAGGAAAACAGAUAUGUAAAGCUUGUGAUCCACUAUGUGAUGGAUGUGUGGGACACGGCCCGGCCCAAUGUAAAAACUGUGUCCAUUAUAAGGAAGAUGACUAUUGCGUCGAGUCCUGUCACAGCUUUAACUAUGGGAACAAGGUCACAAAGCGUUGUGAACCGUGUGACGCAGAAUGUCAGAAAGGGUGCUACAAUCAAACGGCUGCGGACUGCUUCUCCUGUAAAACCUACAAAGUCUACAUAGACGAGGGCAAGAAUUUCAAAUUUAACUGUACAUCUGAGUGUCCAGAAGACAUGCGCCAUCUGGUCAAGGAUGAACGUGACGCAAAGAACGGGAUGACAGUUUGUGCACGUGACGAUCAUCCAAUGGUCAUGGCUAGAAUGGCUGCAGAUGCUGAGGAAGAGAAGAAGAAGAUAGCAGUUAUCGCUGGACCUGUGAUUGGCGGUAUUAUCCUGGUGGCUAUUCUUCUGGCUCUGUUUGGUUACUAUUGGCGACAGCAAGCACGCUCAAAGGAGAAAACGGCAAUGCUUACCGCCAAGAUGACAGGAUAUGAUGAUGAGCAACCAGUGACACCAACCAGUGCAAAACCGGACAUGUCACAUUUGCGACUCAUCAAAGAAUCGGAUAUGCGUAGGGGAGGCAUCAUUGGCUCUGGAGCAUUUGGAACAGUGUAUAAGGGAUUCUGGAUUCCGGCGAAGGAUAAUGUUAAGAUCCCUGUAGCAAUUAAAGUUCUACAGGAAGGAACGUCAGCCAAUCAGAACCAAGAACUCCUAGAUGAGGCACGUGUAAUGGCCUCAGUUGACCAUCCCUGUUGUAUUCGAAUCCUCGCGGCCUGUAUGACCGCCCAGAUGAUGUUAGUCACCCAACUGAUGCCACUAGGAUGUUUACUCGACUAUGUCCGUAAACACAAAGAAAACAUCGGCUCUAAGGUCCUUCUCAACUGGUGUACACAGAUAGCAAAGGGUAUGGCUUAUCUGGAGGAGAGAGACGUCGUGCAUAGGGACUUGGCAGCAAGAAAUGUACUAGUACAAAGUCCAGGUCAGGUGAAAAUAACAGAUUUUGGAUUGGCCAAACUUCUCGACUAUAAUGAAGAUGAAUACCAUGCUGCAGGAGGAAAGAUGCCAAUUAAAUGGCUGGCACUUGAGUGUAUCCAGCACCGAAUCUUCACACACAAGAGUGAUGUCUGGAGUUACGGUGUUACUGUGUGGGAACUUUUUACGUAUGGACAGCGACCAUACGAGAAUGUUCGUGCACGAGACGUACCGGAUCUACUGGAAAAGGGGGAACGACUCCCACAGCCACAUAUCUGCACGAUUGACGUGUAUAUGAUAAUGAUCAAAUGCUGGAUGUUGGAUGCAGAUAGUCGUCCUUCAUUCAUAGAAUUGGCUGAAGAGUUCGCAAAGAUGGCACGUGACCCAGGACGUUAUCUUGUCAUUGUUGGCGAUGUUUUGAAGAAAAUUCCUGAGGAAACUCCCUCACCUGUCACAGACCUAGCCGAAUAUUUUCCCGAUGGUACUCAAAAUGACCCUGAGACUCAGGCAGAGCACGACAAAUUGAUGCGGUUGCCAAGUCAUUCUUAUGACAAGAAUGAUCUGGCUCGCAGCCUCAGUGUGGCAGGGGAUGGCCCAGAGGAAGUUGUGGAAGCAGACGAUUAUUUACAGCCCCAGUCCCGUAAUUCUGGGGUGCCGACAACGCCACUUACAUCAAAGACACCAUUAUUGCAUCCACAUGAUGCAGCUACAAAUUUUGAUACCAAAGACCGUGACCCUCAUAUGCAGCCACGGAGAGAGAAAAGAUACGGACAUCUCGAGUCCGCAGCUGCAGCUCGUAAACAGCGAGAGUUGUCUCCCACGAGAGGAAGGGGAAAUAGCAUCAACUCUCGUUACAGCUCAGAUCCCGUCCAGUUUUUAAGAGGAGGAGAUGAGCAAGAUACUGUGAUUAUGUCUCCGAGUCGGAAAAGUCCUGUGAGGAACGGCUCCAUGGGUUACCCAGACCCUACCCAACUAAUAGAAUCCGGGAAAAUGCAGCUCCCAGUGGAUGAAGACGACUACUUACAGCCAAAGUCCUCGAAACCAAGAUUGUACACGGAUCUAAUAGAGAAUCCAGAUUACAUGAACGACAACUGUGUGUUUGAAAAUGAAGCACCUCCUGAACUGGAACCCGUCCUCAAUUUUGAGAAUCCAGAAUAUUUUGAAGAUAUGAGUAAUCCACAAAUUAAUGGUAAAAAACCUCCAGGAUAUAAAAAUAAUCGCAGUAGAGAUUACUACAAUGACUUUGGUGAUCGCAGCAAGCAACAAGGAGAACUCAAACCCUUAAUGAUAUCUGAUAGGUCUCCGUCUGAAUCUGCUGUGUAGUCUAAGUCCGAGAAUGACGACUUUUUGUCAUCAAAGCUCCUAAUACUGCCAAAGUUCUGUGUAGAUUUGAAACACUAGGUUGUGUUGGUACAGCUGUACCGAGAAGAUAAGUCAGUACAGAUUGUACCAAGCAGAAAAUGGACUGCGUAACCAAUACUAUUGUGUCAAUGUCACAAACAUCUAAAUAGACAAAUGUGGUUGAUUCUGAUUGGUCAGUUGAACAAACAGGAUAGGAGGAAAAGGGGUUACGCAAUGUGAUUGGAACUUAUUAACCUCUGUUGACCUCUAGUGACCUGCUGACCCCGAGUGACCUUUGGAAAAAAACUGAAAUAUGUGGAAACCUGAUUCUCUUACUUGAAAUGGUCUUGCACAAGUCCAUUCUGAGAGUUUCUAACAUUUGUGAAUCGAUAGCAAGUUGUGAUACAUUUACUUAUGUGAAUAAUGUCCAUAUUUGUAUGGUCACAUGACUGAUUAAUGAAAUCACAGACUGAAGUUAAUGGUUAUCUUUGAUUUGAUUGGCUGAAAAGCUCAUAAAAUGUGCCAUCUUUUCAAAGUAUAUAUUUUCUUUUAAAAGUGACAGACAUCACAACCUUGUUAAUGAUCUUGACCCAUU